CUUCCUUAAAAUCUACUAGCUAUCUCUUUAAACAAAACACAAACCUUAUUAAUCAUUCAACAUGCAAACCUCACUUCUUCACGACCUAAUUGUUGGAACUCCAAUCAUAUAUGACCAGUUUCAAAAGUCGGAUAACAGAUACUUACUUGAUUCUGCCUCUCAUCCAUGUCAAUAUCCAUCUAAACAUCAAAGCAAAUGUAGAGGAAGUUCUAACCAAAAAAAGCGCAUCAGGAAGGGUGAUAGUAAUUCUGAAACUUCAGCGAGACUUGGGACAAACAUAUCUGAAAUUAUUAAAAGGAAGUUGAGCUUAGGAGCAAGAAUUCUUCAAGUGGGUGGAGAGGAGAAAGUGUUCGUGAAGUAUUUUAGUGUGGUCGAGGGGGAGAGGCUGCUGAAAGUUUGCCAUUGUUAUCUGUCGACCACGUCUGGCCCUCUAGCUGGUCUCCUCUUUAUCUCCACUGAAAAGGUUGCCUUUUGCAGUGAGAGAUCAAUAAAAGUCUUUAACCAGAAAGGUCAAAUGUGUAGGAUCCACUAUAAGGUUUCCAUUCCAGUGAAGAAGAUAAAAUGUGUGAGGCAAAGUGAAAAUGUUGAGAAGCCAAGACAAAAGUACAUAAAUAUAGUUACAGUUGACAACUUUGAUUUCUGGCUUAUGGGUGUAUCAAAAUAUCAUAAGACUUAUAAAUAUCUCGAACAAGCAACUUCUCAAACUUAGAUGAAUAUAAGAUAUAACUUACAAGAGAUGAUAUACAGCAAGUAAUCAUAUGGCAGCUGUAAUUGAAGAUAUGAUUUAAGAAGAGGACUUUUUUUUUUUUUUUUUUUUUUUUUA